AUGUCGCAAAGUGACUUUGAUCAAUUGCAGUCUGCUGCAUCCUCGUUUCUUCCCCUCCUGGGGUGGUCGGUGCUUCCCAAUUAUGCAACGAGCUUUCUCCAGAGCGUGUACUAUGGGAUCACUAUUCGUGCCGGCGAGCCUCGGCCGCUCCCGCAAUCCGCGCGGUACGAACGACACCGCCGUCGCAUCUUCAUCUUCGUAAUCACCAGCUACCUCCUCUACACCCUCUACGAGACCUUUCACCAGAUCCAGCGCGCCGGUGACCUCUACCAGGUCCUGGGGGUAUCGCCUUUCUCCGACGAACGCUCGAUCCGGUCGCGGUUCCGCCGGCUGGCCGCCCAGCACCACCCCGAUAAGAUCGGCCUGGACUCCGGGUCCGAGGCUUACUUUUUGUACCUGCGCCGGGCCCAGGAGACUCUUGUGGAUCCAGUGAAGAGAUUCGCGUACGACCGGUUUGGACCGGACAUGAACAGUUGGGGCGAACAGAAGACCGCGCGUGAUUUUAUCAUGACGGCGUUGACCCGCACGAUUGUGCCGCAGUAUGUUGGCGGGUUCAUCGUGAUGGUGGCGUUGAAUUGGCUAUGGUGGGCGAACUGGGGACGCUAUUGGCGCUUCUAUACCUUUGCCGCCCUGCUCGGCCUCGAGAUCGCCUUGAUCACUCAACCACAAGCGGUGUUUAUGCCAAUCACCUAUCUCCCUGAGGAGAUUCGCGCCUGGCUUCCCGAGCAAUCUUUCUACCUCCUCCCGUUCCAAAUCUUGACUCUAGCCCGUCGCGCGUCCAUCACCCUACACAUCUUCAUCUCGCAGAUCGCUCCGGCCGAUGCGAAUAACUCCGAUAGUGCCGGCGACAAGGUGUCUGUCAAGACCCUGCAGCAGUGUACCCAGCUGCUGAAUGUGACACGCGCAGCUGAGCGCGAAGCCACGCGGAUGCUGCACCUAGGCCAGGCGCCGUUCCGCGGUGACCGCGAGAGCGUGUCGACCUUGCGCCGUGGCAUGAAAGAGGGCUUAAUCCUCGGCGGAGUGCGCUCCAGCCCAGAAGUGCAGCGGGCAGUGGAGCGGGUUCUGGAACGGUCCAAGACCGAGGGUGAAAGUCGGACAGACUAG